GUUCCUUCAAUUAUGAGUAACAUGCUGAAUCCGGAUGCUAUUUUUUCAAACAAUGAAAUGAGCCUGUCAGACAUUGAAAUUUAUGGUUUUGAUUAUGACUACACAUUGGUCUUUUAUUCUAAACAUCUGCACACGCUGAUCUUCAAUGCUGCUCGAGAUCUGCUUAUUAAUGAGCAUCGGUAUCCUGCAGAAAUAAGAAAAUAUGAUUAUGAUCCCAAUUUUGCAAUCAGAGGACUUCAUUAUGAUGUGCACCGGGCAUUAUUAAUGAAGAUCGAUGCUUUUCAUUAUAUUCAGCUGGGAACAGUUUACAGAGGCCUCAGUGUUGUCCCAGAUGAAGAAGUCAUUGCAAUGUAUGAUGGUUCCCAUGUCCCUUUAGAACAAAUGAGUGACUUUUAUGGAAAGAGCUCACAAGGAAAUACAAUGAAGCAAUUCAUGGAUAUAUUUUCCUUGCCAGAAAUGACGCUCCUUUCUUGUGUGAAUGAGUAUUUUCUGAAAAACAACAUAGACUAUGAGCCUGUUCAUCUGUACAAAGAUGUCAAGGAUUCAAUCAGGGAUGUCCACAUCAAAGGAAUAAUGUACAGAGCAAUUGAAGCAGAUAUUGAGAAAUACAUCUGCUAUGCCGAACAAACUCGUGCGGUGUUAGCAAAGUUGGCUGAUCACGGCAAGAAGAUGUUUCUCAUCACAAACAGUCCCAGCAGCUUCGUGGACAAAGGCAUGAAGUUCAUAGUUGGCAAGGACUGGAGGGAUCUCUUUGAUGUGGUCAUUGUACAGGCUGAUAAGCCAAACUUUUUCAACGAUAAGCGAAGACCAUUUCGGAAGGUGAAUGAAAGGGGAGUGUUGCUUUGGGACAAAAUUCACAAGCUGCAGAAAGGUCAGAUUUACAAACAGGGUAACUUGUACGAAUUUCUGAAGCUUACUGGCUGGAGAGGCUCUAAGGUUCUCUACUUUGGUGAUCACAUUUACAGUGACUUGGCAGAUUUGACCCUGAAGCACGGCUGGCGCACUGGUGCAAUUAUUCCAGAGUUACGGUCAGAGAUUAAAAUCAUGAACACAGAGAAGUACAUUCAAACCAUGACCUGGCUGCAAACCUUGACAGGAUUACUGGAACACAUGCAGGUUCACCGUGAUCCUGAUUCACAAAUGAUUUUAGAAGAAUGGAAGAAGGAAAGGAAAGAAAUGAGGGAGAUGAACAGGAAUUUCUUCAACGCACAGUUUGGAAGCUUAUUCAGAACUGAUGAGAAUCCAACUUAUUUCCUAAGACGUCUCUCUAGAUUUGCAGAUAUCUACAUGGCAUCAUUGAGUUGUCUCUUGAACUAUGAGCCUGAUUACACGUUUUAUCCAAGAAGGACUCCUUUGCAGCAUGAACUUCCUGGCUGGUCAGACCAGCUGUGCACUGGUACAUUCAGAAUACCUUUCCUACAGGAGACAGUUCAGGUCAAAUAAGCACUUGGCUUGUUCUCCCUAAAAUGGGCAAAUACAUCUUUUUUUUUUGAAUGUACAUGUAUUUUAUUUAAGUCACUUAAAAUCUGUUAUCUUGAUUUAGAUGUAAUUCAUACUUGUUCUUAUAAGCAUCGUGCCCAUUUUCUUCGCUCCUGCUCGGAGAUGUGAAAACUCCUCUUACACACAGAAGAGAUGAUGGACUGCCAAAAUAGUAGUGGGCUGGGAGGGAGGGCAAGUUUGAGGGGAAGGACUGGUGGUGUUCUGGGGUGGUUGUUUUUGUUUAUUCAUUGGAAAUUUCGAUCUGCAGCCUUGUGGUUUACAAAGAAAUACCUAUACUCUCUGUUCUGGCCCUGAUCAGAACUCCAGCUGGAGCCUGUAAUGGAUCUUGUCACUGAAGAGCUUAAAUCCAGUAUUAGUAAUUCAGUGAUACACAGUUAGUAGCCAGUUUACGGUGAGACUGAGAGGGAUGGUGUACCCGUUCUAAUUUUCCUUGCUGCCGUAGCUAGAGCCUUACCUGUAACUGAACUAACUGCUGCGUAGUGUUGGUGUGGCUCUGCUGCACCGCAGUGAUUACAGCGCAGGCGGGCUCAGGCUGAUGGCGGCUUUUUCUCCUGUCUGUGCAGUUCCUGUUCUUGCAAUGUCUGUGCUUGGCUGUAGGUGAACCUGAGCCUAAAACUGCAAGUGGCGGUAACUUGGGCUGCUUCAGCUUCCUUUUUGUUAAUUUUUAGGCACCUUUCUCUUUAAGUUUCAAAACACUUUAAAUAUCCACUCUCUGAGAAUAGAGCCAUUUCAAGAGGUCGUGCAUUUUGCAUUUCGAAGUGGAGACAGAUCUCCGUUAGGCUUUAGAUUGAUCCUAAAUGCUGCUUUUUAAAAUUUUAACAGUGUCUUACAGUGGUAUGCAAUGUGGUUUUGCUGUUCCCUAGAAGAGAAUGUAUUUCAUAUAGCCUUCAGUAAUGGACUUCUACAGUCAAAAGUAAACGCGCACAAUGGGCAAAUGAGUUGAAAGAAAAAUUAAGAAAUGAGAAAACGAAAACCAGAGUUUUCCGAUGACAUUUUUUUUUAGCUCAAGCUCUCAAAGCUGAAUUGGAGGUGGUGGACAGUUUGCAUCAGUCAAAAUAACUUUGGCGGUGCAGAUCAGAAGUUGUAUUGAAUUACUGAAAUUAUAGGUAAUGCAUGAACACAAACUCUGGAUAGCAUAUAUGUUCCAAAGAUUUGAGCUGAAAAACGUUUAUUUUGCACAAGGAAAACAUCUGUUGAUGUGUUUCCUCAAACAGGCACUUUAUAGAACUGCUAUAUAGUUGUUUUUAAAAAAGGAUGCUUUCCUUUCUUUGAUCCGAAGGAAAUGGUUUUUUUUUUUUUUAACUGGUGCUUCCCACCCCAGCCAUUUUAGAAGGCAUAAUAUGAUUAAUAUUUUUCAAAUUCUAGUUAUUAAAGGCUCUGUUUUUAAAAGCGUAUAAUUAACAAAAUAUAUAGCAUUUGGUAUUCUUCACUUCAUUUGGGGAUAUCACUUGCUUCCUACCAUGAUUGUCAGGUAAACAAACUUUUGGUGACCAAAAGUUUUCUUGUUUGGUUUUUUUUUAACCUGUCUGUAUUAUGUGCAAGUACCUGUAUUGAAUUUCAUAUGCAGUUAUCUUUCAUAUUUUUAAAAGCAUGUUUGCAAAGUAAAGAAUGCAUUCUAAUCUAGCCUGCACAAUUUCAUAAGCAGUUUUCUUGUAUGCUUGAAAUCAGUCUGAAGUCCUCAGAGGCGGUUAUAGAUCUUAUGUUCGUGGUUUUCUUGUGCUCCUGUUACAAACUUGAUGUGCAACGCGCCUGAAGAGAGUGUGUGUGUGUGUGUGUGUGUAUUUAAACAGAUUAAUAUACUUGAAACAAGAAAGUUCAUCUGACAGUCCUGCUGUUUUGCUGGAAGAAAAAGAUAGAGUUUUGCAGGAAGUUAGUUUGGCUUUAUCAGGAGAUUUGGUGGUGGGGCUGUGCGAGAAAUAUUUGGCAUAACUUGAUAAUGAAAUGUGGGGAUGGAAAUAUCCCUGAUUUGCCUUCAGUUCUUUAUCCUAAUGCUCAGCUAAAACCGAACUUGGUGUUACAUGUGUGUAGCACCUCUCACGCUCCAGAGAUUUCAACGCACUGUUUAAACAAACAAACAAACCCAAACCACUGUACAUUCUUCAUCUUACUACCAGCAAAUAAUAGUAUUAUGAAUUCAGUAAUGCAGAACUGAAUAACGGUACUGUUUUGUUGGUUAUAGCUGUCUGAUGUUUCUUCUUUUAAAGCUGGCUAGGAGUCAGUCUGUUUGCCUAAUUUUCCCAUGUUAAGCAGGAACAAUUUAAUUGGGUUGGAUGAUGUUAUCCACAUAAUAUACAUUUUGUUUCAAGAUUAUUUCCUCCUCUCCCCUGUCCUUUCUCUUAACUAACAAAUCAAACUUCUCUACAAAGCUAUGUUACAAAAGCCAGCUGAAGUAAAAUCUUGUUUAUAUUGCAUGACUUCUUGAAAUAAACAACAUUGCAUGGAAAAAAAAAUCAUUAUGUGGAAGGGUUAUGUUCCUUUAAAACAACCCAACAAUAUAUAAUAUGAAAUUAAGUGAGAAUUUUAAAGUGUAUUAUUUAUUUUUCAGUGCUAGAAUGCUCUUAUUUAACUUUUAAAAAUGACUUGCAUUUUUGUAACGAUUUCGGAGAACUUGAGCUCUACACCUCAACGCUCUCUGCAUUACUUAUUUUAACCUUGUUAUGUUACUGACUUCAAAGAGAUUUUUUUUUUGAGCGUGUUUGAAGGGCAGUGUCUCUUUACAUUUGUUUUGGGAGUAUAGCUUAUUUGAACGCCAAAGCGAGAAGAAAUUUUCUUUCUGUUCUAUCAAAAACUCUGAAGGGAAUAGUCUGUCAGUGAAAGAAGAGUUUAAUGAACUGUGGGAACUUUUUUGUGAUAAAAAUAUUUAAUGAUUAUUACAAAAAUAAAUGCUUGGACUU